GCACAAACAACGCUCGAUUGGCAGCCAUGCUCCGACAACUGGCCGUAUACCACAGCCGUGAUCCCUACAACCUGUUUCUCGUCCGCUUGGCUCAAGGUUUGACUCACCUAGGCAAAGGCACAAUGACACUGAGCCCAUGGCAUUCAGAGCGUUUUUUGUCACGCGCAGUUGGCAUAUCCGGUUUGCUCACCUUGCUGGUCUCCUGUCUGGACAUGCGCACAACAUUCAUGGGUCGGCACGAUUAUUUGAUAUUCUAUCUGACACCAGCAAUCCAGCCACGGUUGCUCAUGACAUUUGACGAGGACUUAAAACCGUUGCCUGUCACAGUUCGUGUCGGGCAAGCUGUGGAUGUCGUUGGGCAGGCUGGUAGACCGAAAACUAUUACUGGUUUCCAAACUUAUACAACCCCGGUGUUAUUGUCCUAUGGCGAACGAGCCGAACUUGCAACAGACGAAUACCUGUCAGUUACACAGUUGCCAUUGGAAGGCUUCGUGCUGUUGAAAAAGAAUCCAGAGUACGAAGAAGCGACCGCUU